AUGGACCCGCGGCGGCAGCAGCAGCAGCAGCACCUGGCGAUGGAGGGUCCCCUGGGCGAGCUGCACGGGCUGAGCCACCAGCCGCUCCACCGCGGGCCCCCCCUGGCCGCGCACCCCGCCCGCCCGCUGGCCAUGCCGCCCUCCCUCCUGGACGCCGGGGACUUCCCGCACCCCGCGCAGCACCAGAGCCCCGCCGGCCCGCUGCCCCCGCCGCCGCUCAGCCCCAUGAGCACCUACGCCACGCUGACCCCCCUGCAGGCCCUGCCGCCCAUCUCCACCGUGGCCGACAAGUUCCCCCACCCGCAGCGCCUGGCCGGCAACGCGAGCGGCGGCGGCUUCGCCCUCCUGCGGGACCAGCGCGCCCUGGCCGCCGCCUCCAGCCUGAGCCACGCGCCCCACCACCAGCCCCUCUACACGCCCUACCCCAAGGAGGCCGCCGACCUGGGGCAGAGCCUGUCGCCGCUGUCCGCAGCCGGCCUGGGGGGCCUCCACGCGGCCCAGCAGGGGCUGCCGCCCUACGCCCCCCCCGGGCCCGAGAAGAUGCUGACCCCCUGCAGCGGCUUCGAAGCCCCCCACCCGGCCCUGCUGGCCCCCCACGCCGAGCAGCCGCCGCCCCUGGGCCCUCUGGGCGGCCUCCCCCCGCCCCACGGGCCCCCCGGCCAGAGCCAGCUGCUGCGCGGGGCCCCCCGAGAGGCGGGCGGCGAGGAGAUCAACACGCGCGAGGUGGCGGCGCGCAUCACCACCGAGCUGAAGCGCUACAGCAUCCCGCAGGCCAUCUUCGCCCAGCGGGUGCUCUGCCGCUCGCAGGGGACUCUCUCCGACCUCCUGCGCAACCCCAAGCCCUGGAGCAACCUCAAGUCUGGCCGCGAGACCUUCCGCAGGAUGUGGAAAUGGCUGCAGGAGCCCGAGUUCCAGCGCAUGUCGGCGCUGCGCCUGGCAGCUUGCAAACGAAAAGAGCAGGAAUACGGGAAGGACCGAGGAAACACUCCCAAAAAGCCCAGGUUGGUCUUUACAGACGUCCAGCGUCGAACUCUCAAUGCCAUAUUCAAGGAGAAUAAGCGUCCGUCCAAAGAGCUGCAAAUCACCAUUUCACAGCAGUUGGGGCUGGAGCUGAGCACGGUCAGCAACUUCUUCAUGAAUGCCCGAAGGAGAAGCCUCGAUAAGUGGCAGGAGGAGGGCAGCUCCAGUUCCAGCAACUUAUCAUCAUCAUUGUCAUCCUCUUCCUCAAGCACUUGUACCAAAGCAUAGAGAAUCAACCACAAACUAAAAGUCGGUGGAAAAGCUUUAAAAUAAAUGACCCAGUGAGCAGGACCUCAAGAAAACAGGUUUAUCAAAUGUUUUUAAAGGUUAUUUAUAAAUCCAUAGAAACCAAA